AUGUUUCUAAUUGGGGCUUCAGGGACUCACCCAGCCGCGGCACCUCCACCGCCUACGGAUCCUGGGGUUAGGGCUGUAUCGUGGGUAGAAGAGGCGUGGCAGUUGGUCACCUGGCAGCUAUCGUACCCAUCUGAGACGUCCGCCCAGGAAAACUUCACACUACAAUUACGGAGAGUAGGUUCCGUAUUUCGAGGGAGCAAUGAAGGGUGGUCGGUCGAGAUGGCAGAGCACUUCGUGGCGAAGAGAGUCGUCCCAAACCUUUGUCGCUGCCAGGCUUUCACUAUCCGCGCUGUAAGUUCUGAGAAUGCUGCUCCCGCUACUGCUCCCAUUGCACAGGAGGUCACCAGUUGCUCCUCCAGGGUUCCUUCCAGCGGCACUGGUCCCACAGCCACAGCAAGCCAUGAUGCCAACACAAAGAGGCCUAUCAACUACAUCAUCCGUUCAGGAAGGACCCAUUCCGUCGGGGGGCCAUAUAAUGUGGCUUCAUUCGGCCCUCCAACACUCGACAAUUUUAGCGAAAGAUUGGGUCAUCGUUUCUGUAACGCAUAUUGUGCGCAACCUGCAGAGAGGAGUUCUCCGUUUCAUCGAUUCAAGGGCAGUGUUCCUCUAGAGGAGGAAGAGGAGGAAGAGGAAGAUGUACACGCUGUACGGCUACCAUCGAGGUUCAUGGUUCUAAAUUCGGGAGCUAUAAAUGAUAAGAUAGCCACGGACUAUGGCAAUGAUAUUGAGUCCGAUCCACUGAUUUCUGGCCUGAUUUCGGAACAGCCCAUGUGGGCUUUGACUAAAUCAUAUAGGGCACGUAAAAGACUAAUCGCAUUCCACUCCCCGCCACUGCCGAGGCGGACGGAGGGCAACACGGGUGAAGUCAACUAUUCAGUGUCCCGGAAGGAAACUGGUAGAGCAUCCUCGACUUCCAACCGAUCAUACGCGAAGCGUUCUAUUCCACCCAGUCCGAUUAAGCUCACCUCGAGUCCUACCCUUGACGAAGUAAGGGCAUUUGACGGCAAGAGAAAGUCAAUAUCAGAGCAAUUUCACGAACAAUGCCCUGGGAGCAAGAAAGCCUGCAAAAAAAACAAAAUUAUCAGCAGAGGCGGGGGAACCGCCGCGGUAAUGAUUCAAAUAUCCGCUAGGCCAAAAGACCCGAACCAGCGACGAGUCAGGUACAAGGGUGUGGAUAUCAGCACUCAUGGGGAAGCGCCAAACGAUUAUGUCGAUUCUGGGUCUACAGGACGCAAACUCGAAGUGAAUCCACGAAGCAAUAAAUCGGCUAGACGACGCGAGACAUACGACACUGACAUUACGGAUGGUAUGAUAUUGAAGGACAGGAGAAAGACCAAGGGGAGGAAUAAGGUGCCUGAGAAUUUGUCACAGACUGUCAAAUCAAUAAUCUCCGUUUGGACCGCUGUCGAUAUUGAGGAAGAGGGUGACGACUUGGAUGCUGAAUCCGUUAUUGCGGUUCGUCCUGUGCUGGAGGCAUAG